UGUGCUGAAAUUGUUUCCAACCCAAUAAAAUGAGUUGAGAUUAUACACUUUGGUUUUUUUUCUUCUUUUUUACGUUAAAAACAAACAAUUGCGGGACCAUGACAAUGAAUUCUUUGCCCACUUCGAAUGACAACUCGGCGAACGUCGUCAUUUUCGAUAUCUCCAAAAACGAAAAGAAACUCAACGAAGAGUACAAAGUGCUGCAGCGGAAGUUAAAACCGAAAUGGAAAUUCAUCGAGAACACAGACGUGUUAACGGCAGAGUUUCUGUCGACUGGGAAAAUUUUAAUGCUGGCUGGUCCGCGGAACAAGUUCACAGAGUUGGAAAUGAACUCGAUAAGAACGUUUAUCAACUCAGGUGGAAAUGCCUUGGUCACGCUCGGCGAGGGUGGCGAGAAAAAAUUCAACACAAACAUCAACUUUAUCCUCGAGGAAUUUGGAAUAAUGAUUAAUAACGAUUGCGUCGUGAGGAUGAGUUAUCAUCAAACUUUGCAUCCAAAGGAGUGUACCGUCAGCAAGGGCUUGUCUCACAAGUCGGUGUUUUCGAAAAAUCACGAAGACCAAGAAUUAAAGUUUUUGUAUCCGUACGGCGCAACGUUGAACGUCGUGAAACCAUCGAUAGUUGCUGUGUCGAGCGGGACGAUAACGAUUCCCACCAAUCGGCCGAUUUGCGCGUAUUUCUCUUCAAAAACAACAUCAGGAAAACUUGUGGUCUUGGGCUCGUCGAAGGUGCUUGCCGACGCUUACAUAGACAAGGAAAAAAACGACCAGCUUCGAGAAAUGAUCUUCGGGUUUUUCGAAUCCGAGCCCGUCGAAACAUCCCAGAUGCAAAGCGAUGACGCCGACUACUGGGAGUACAACUUUGUGCCCGACAUAACCCAACAAGCCGACAAACCACGGGUCUGCACUCAAGACUUGGACAGCGUCGACAUACCCAGGGAGUACACAAAAUUGUUCGAAUACGAUUUGUACUCGAUCAAUCUGGAUAUGGUGCCAGAAAGCUUGAAAGCCUACGACGAGCUCAACGUCAAGCACGAGCCACUGAGCCUGAUCGCUCCGAAUUUCGAGACUCCGUUGCCACCGGUCCAGCCCUCCGUGUUUCCUCCAACGUUUCAAGAACUUCCACCGCCAGCCUUGGAGUUGUACGAUCUGGACGAGGCUUUCAGCUCGAAUUAUUUGAAGCUCUCGCAACUGACGAACAAAUACGUCACCGACACGGACGCAACCAGCGAACGAGAAUUGGAUUACUACAUCCGCGAGUUCGGCGCUAUCAUGCUAAUCAGUAAUUUCGAGACCCUAACGGCCAAGGAAAUUUUGAAUCACGUGUUUUUGAAGAUCAGCAAUUACAAAUCAUCCCACAAUUGAUACUCGAUUGGCAAAUAUUCGUUGUUGCAUUCAUAUUUGACAGAUUGGUGAAGGUUGCGUGAUUAAAGAUGGUUAUACUUUAUUAUUUUUCAAAAACUGUGGUU